CCUUCAAAGCCCCACCGUUACAAAGAAUUCAAAAAGCGGAACUCACAUGCGAAGGGGCAUUUUCGUGAUUAUCUCCCGAAUCAUGUAAACGUGGCAUCAAACGAUAGGAACGACAAGAGCAAAACGCUGUCUUUUCCUCAUCGAAUUCCCCAUUUUAGCCUUGUACAAUCACCAUUAUUAUCACUCACUACCACUCCGUCUUCUUUAACUCAUUCCUCACUCUCUCCACCGCCAUAUUACUCAAACUUCCCGUUUUUCCAUUCUCUCUCUCUCUCUCUCUCUCUCUCUCCACGCGCCUCUCAUACUCACCAUACCCACGCGAUUGCGUUUCCUAGAAAUUGUUUCGUUUUUCUUUUUCUCUAGUUCAAUACUUCAAUGCCGUUUUGUUCAUGCUGCUAGCGUUUUGCGUUUUUCCACACAGAUUUGAACUCUUCUACAUAUUUUCAACAUUUUUUCUAGAAGAGAGAGGUUACGAAGCAUUUAGUGCAGUGAAAUACUGUUAUUGAGCGAGAAACGGAGUUAAAAAUUUUGGUUUAGGGCUUUUUGAGUGAUUUAGGGUUCGUGUUUUUUGAAUUUUGGGGAUGAAUCGUAGCUUCAGAGCUCCGGAGUCGCAAAUGCAAGGUGGUUUGAAGCAGAGGGAGCAGCAAUUUGGGGGUUUGAUGGGUUCAGUCACCACAGAGAAGGAUGAGGAGCUCGCAUUGUUUCUCGAGAUGAGGAAGCGCGAGAAGGAACGGAAUGAUCUUCUGCUUCAUGCCUCGGAGGAGUUUGAUUCUGCUUUGGGGUCAAAUCCAGGUACUUCUCCCUUAUUUAACAUUUCAUCCUCUAUGCCAACGGCUCCUGUGCGAAAGAGCGGUGCUGAUGAAUUUCUCAAUUCGGAAAACAAUAAAAAUGAUUAUGACUGGCUUCUAACUCCUCCCGGUACUCCUCUUUUUCCUUCUUUGGAAAUGGAAACUCGGAAGACUGUAAUGAGUCAGCUUGGUACUCCAACCGCACGUCCCACAGCAUUGAAAUCCAGAUUGUCAAAUCAUCAAUUGGAGCCUGCCGGGAGAACUAGCUUGGCAUCAAGACAGCAAACUUCCUCCCCUGUGUUGAGCUCUUCAAGUGGCGGAACCAGGAGGCCCUCGUCAUCGGGGGGUCCCGGAUCACGACCUGCAACUCCCACUGGACGCCCUACAUUGACCACAACUUCAAAACCAUCAAGAUCAUCAACACCUACUCGUAAUUCGAUACCUUCAACUAGGCCCAUUGUUUCUACAUCCAAGACCACAAUGUCCACAACCAAGCCUACCAUCGUUUCUUCUACUAAGCCUUCGACUUCUGCCACAAAGACCACCAUCCCUGCUGCAAAACCAGCAACUCAAUCAAGAUCUUCAACACCAUUAUCAAGAUCGACUGCAAGAUCCUCAACACCAACAAGCAGACCUACUUUACCUCCUUCCAGGUCCACAUCAAGAGCAUCUACUCCAACUCGGCGACCAUCUAUACCAUCAAAUGAGCUCAAUAUAUCUUCUUCUUCAGUUAAGAUUUCUUCAAACCCCAAGCCAGCUACUGUGUCGUCAAGGCAGCCAACUCCUGUGAAAGCAAGGCAGCCAACUCCGGUGACAGGAAGGCAGCAAGCUCCAGUGACCUCUAGACAGCAAGCUUCAGUGCCUUCUAGACAGCAAACUCCAGUGAUCUCUAGACAGCAACAAGUACCAUCACGCGGCACAUCGCCAACAGUGAGGUCAAGACCGUGGAAGCCAUCUGAGAUGCCAGGGUUUUCACUUGAUGCUCCACCUAAUUUGAGGACAACACUACCUGAUAGGCCACUGUCAGCGACCAGGGGCAGGCCUGGAGCUCCCACUUCUCGGUCUUCAUCUGUUGAGCCUUCUUCUAGUGGAAGACCCAAGCGACAAUCUUGCUCUCCUUCAAGAGGACGCUCUUCCAAUGGCACUGCUCAUAUAAGUGGAAACUCAAUGCCUGCAGUUAGCCGUGGACGCUCCAAAGUGAAUGACAAUGUCAGUCCUGGUAUGAUGGGAACAAAAAUGGUUGAAAGGGUUGUAAACAUGCGAAAACUAGCACCACCAAUGAUGGAUAACAAAAACUCUCCUCGUAGUAAUCUGUCUGGCAAGUCAUCUUCAUCUCCAGAUAGCACAGGGUUUGGAAGAACUCUCUCAAAGAAGUCCUUGGAUAUGGCUAUUAGGCAUAUGGAUAUAAGGAGAACCAUUCCAGGUAAUUUACGGCCAUUGAUGACAAAUAUUCCGGCAUCUUCUAUGUAUAGUGUGAGGUCUGGAUCUCAGCGUGGCCGAACAAUUAGUAUAUCAGGCUCUCCUCACGCGACAAGCAGUAAUGCUAGUUCUGAAAUGAGUGUUAACCAAAAUGGUAUAUGUUUAGAUUCUUGCGAGAUAGAUGAUGAUAUUGGCAGUGAGAGAUGCGGUCAAUCUCCCGCCAGUGUACGGGGGAGGUAAGCUUUUCACACAAUGGCAAACCCUGCAUAUAUAUUUGAAUAGCACCAAUGUUGUUAUCCUGGAUCUCAGCCAUAGCAGAUUUGCAUAUGGAGCUAACCAUGCUUGAACUGAUGUAAAGCUUGAUGUAAUCUUAUGUAAGAUGGUGACUUCUGAUUUUAGGUAGAUUGGAUAUAUGGUGUAAUGGUCACGCUCAUAUUUUUUGAAAGAAGGCGAGGUUUAUCCUCUUUUUAUCGAGAAA